GCGCAGACGUUAAACGGUUAGUGCGAGUGUGGUUCGCAUCGUUCGUUACGCUUAGUACGCUCGUUCACGUUUUUUACGCAAAACAAAUCUGUAAAUAAUACCGAAACAUUCCCAACGACGUGCUCGCGUCGUGCGUUUUGAAUCAGCAUCAGACUGAAGACAGUGCUCGGCCAGGUUUGCUGUGGGCCAAGAAAAAUUCGCUUACAUGCGACACUAAAUUUUCCCUCCAAAUAGACCGCGAUGCCUUUGCUGAAGAAAAAGACGCUGGAGAAGGCGAAAGUGGACGAAUUUCUUCGCGAUGACGAGGAGGUAUUCCACUGCGCCAUGACCAACGAGAUAUUCAGGGAUUACGAUGAAUUUGCUGAGAGAACCAUUUUGUGUAACUCAAUGGUGUGGACAUGUUCUAUGACAGGCAAAGGUAAUUUCACCUAUGAGGAGGCAUUGCAGAGUGAGCAGAAUGCUCAGCAGAUGCUGAAUGAAUUUCCUACAGAAUUGCAAAUUCCAAUAUUGUACAUUGCCACACUGGUGAAGGGCACAUUCUCUGAGAUGUUGGAUGAUGUUCAUAUUUUCGUCAAAGAUCGGUUUUUCAUUGGGGAAAAGAUUGAGGCAUAUGUUGCAAACAAGUGGAGUGCAUAUAAAGUUGUUAGUGUUAUUCCACCUACAGAGAAGGAAUUAUUAGCUGUAAAAAACUCACCUACAAGAACUGAUGCGUCAGAAGCCCACCUAUACAAAUAUGUUGUAAUAGAUGCGAAUUCCGUGUCAAAGGAAAAAUUAACUUGUAACUUCUCGCAAUUGCGGCGCAAGAAAGCAUCGUAUUCUCGCGAAAAGGGUAAACUAUUCCUGAAACAGCAUGUUGAGCCAAAGGGACAAUUUAUCGGCAUAAAAGACUCCGCUCUGGAGUUAUUCGGCGUCAAGGAUUUAAAGUUUGAUCAAAUAUUUGGGGGCCCACCACCGGUUUUCGAGCAUAAGUUGAAAACCACCGCCCCGAAUGGCAAGAAAGUGCGCCAGGAGACGCUGGCUAAGUUCCUCUCCAAGAACAAUAUUAUAUUGCCCAAAACUAAGGAGGAAGAGGAGAAGGAAUUCAUUAAGAAGAAAGAAAGAGAGGAGGCAAAAGAAAAGGAGCGUGAGCGGAAACAACAUGAACGCGAACUUAAAAGGCAGCGAGAUCUUGAAAUUCGCACGAAAUUGCAAGAUUGGAAUUUACCGGUGAAUGAUUUACUGCUUGAAGAUCAAAAAGUAUUACCUAUUCUAACACCAAUGCGAUCGAGAAUUCCCGAUAAGUACUUGGGUGAUGCGCUCUCUAUCAUGGAAUUUACGCAUACAUUUUCGAGUAUUCUCAGCACUAGGACAUUUUUCCCCAAUGGCAUUACUUUGAAUGUGAUGGAGAGGAUAUUAUUAGAAACAAGAGUGGGAAGUGCAAUGGAGACCAUUGUACAUAUGUUAUUAACAGCUUUGUUUAAAUUGGAAGCAGCGGAAAAAGAAAAUUAUAGCAAGCAUCUCGGUGGUCGUUGGGGAGCAUCCCAGGAAACAUUGGCAGCCGAUCGGUGUCAACUUUGGUUGCUCAAGAACUACGGCAGUACUUUGUUCACCAUGGAGAUGGACAUUUGCACAAUAUCUGAAGUUCUACGUUUGCAUUUACUAGGAUCUGGUAAUAACGUCAAUGAAACAGCUGUAAAAUGGCGGGCGCAAUAUCGCGGCGGCUACGAAAGCGAAGAGGAUCCGGCGAUUAGUUUCCGUUUGCAUAAUCCACACAUUUUGAAAUCGCUUUCGUUACAUCACGUUUGUUCACUGCCGCUGUUCGAUAAAAUAAAGGUGCUCGAUUGCUUGGUUAGUCAAUUGAUGACCUAUAAGGAGGUGCGUGACGCGGUCGAACAGAACCACGAUGAUAUACGCGAAAAUAAGUUGAAGUUGCGAACGGCGCAGCAGGCAGAGCGCAAGCGCCUGGCUGAUGUCGACGCGCAGAUUGCACAGCUUAAAAAGGGCCAGUUGGAUAUACCAGCGAGCAAGGCCAAGGCGAAAAUAGACGAGUUACAAGUGGCUGAAGAGAAGUUUAAGAGUAACUUCGAGUCAGUCACUGAUAGUAUACAAAAUAAAUUGUAUAAAAAAGCUAAUUUUAUAGGUUAUGAUCGUGCCCAAAGAGCAUAUAUAAAAUUACACUCAAUACCGGCAUUUGCUGUUAACCAAGACGAUCACCAACAAGGCACUUGUCUUCCUGAAAUAACACAACACGUGCCUGAAUUGGUAGAUGCAGAUAAACAAACGAUAAUGAAUUAUCUAGGGAAGUUAUCGGAUGAGCUUAAUUCCAGUGACAAAGAGAAUGAACCAAAGCAGAACGGCGUGGAGACCAAGACCACCACAUCACUAGCCAAAAUCAAUGAAUUACUAAUGUGCACAACCGAUCCGACUUCUUGCCCGGUGCACACAAUCUCAAAGAACGCGCUCAGGUGGUAUUUCGUUGACACUGAGGAGCAACUCUUAGAGCUACAGAACUCGCUCAAUAAACGCGGCAUAAACGAAAAGGAGCUGUCUAGAAUUAUCGAGUUGGAUUACACAAACUUGACGAAACUCAUUCUGCGCACACCGGGUUAUUUAAAGGAUUCGGAGUCCAACCUUCCUAGCAGAUUCCAUAAGGACGAUAAUUGGGGCUUUCCGGAGAAGAUGAGCGUCAACGAAGUGUUGCGUGCGACCGUCAUUGAUCGCAUCUUGACCUUAGAGGAUAAAUUAUUCGAUGGAUAUCUGGGCGGUAUUUCUAAAGAUAGAAACGAGUUUAGAACGCUGGUUGAAGAAUGCGAAUAUGAGGAAAUAGAUGCAUUGACGCGGCCGCGUACCAAGUGGCACAUCGAGGAGGAUGAGGAAGCAAAACAAAUCGCUCCGAGCGAUUGGGAGGAUCCUGGAAAGUAUUUAGAGAAAAAUAUGGCCGACAUUGAUUCAGAGGAUUCAGAAGUGGAAUCGGAUGAGAUUCUACUGGCACAUACAUCAGUGGAUCAGAAAAGUGUCAAGUUUCUCGCGUAUGCUUUGGCGCAAAUCGCACUGUCGGUGAAGUUGAAUUUCAUUUCGAAACCGUUGGGGCAGUUUGUGUCCAGUCCUAAGAUGAGGAUUUUGCGGCAGAAUGCCAUCUUGUUGUGGGAGCAAUCUCUGCUGAACUCGACGAGUUACAGCCAAAUCUUAUUGCAUUGCCAUGUCUUGAAUAAUUCGAUUGCGUGGAGUAAAUCCACGCAAAUGGUCAAGUGCAAGACUUGCAAGCGCGGAACGAACGAACAAAAUAUACUCUUGUGUGAUUAUUGUAAUGAUGGAUAUCAUCUGUAUUGUCUCAGACCUAAACUAAACUCUGUACCGGAUGGAAAUUGGUAUUGUGUAGUCUGUAAAGAAACUGUAGAAAUGGAGGAAGCCAAACGCAAACAAAAACAUGAAGAUGAAGAGAAAAAGAAGAAGCUAGAGGAGUCUAUGCAAACUGAGGACGAUGAACCUCAAAAUUGCUUCGUUUGUGGUGAAGAGGAAACCGAAGAUAUUGUACAGUGUGUUGCCUGUAUGAACAUCUAUCACCUGGAAUGCACGAAUUUGAAACGUGCCGUCCGCGGUGCUUGGACUUGCACACCUUGUAAAGAAGAAAGCGAGCGUGAAGCGAUGCAAACUAACGGCGAUCACAUGCAGCGACGGUCAGGCAGAAGCAACGAGACCAAUGUGGACAUGCCAUUGAACAAUGCGGCACUGCAGGAAUUACUCGGUGGUGUGAUCAGCAACGAGAGUGCGUGGCCGUUCAUUAAGCCAGUGCAUAAGCACGAAGUGCCUGACUACUAUGACAUCAUCAAGAAGCCGAUGGACUUUGGCACGAUCAAAUACAAGCUCAACAUGGGCGACUAUCAGUACGACGAUGAAGUCCUUUCGGACUGUCAGCUUGUGUUUGAGAAUUGCCACACGUAUAACAGUUCAGGGGAUGAAGUUUUCCAAUGUGGCAGUCGGCUUCUGAAAUACUUUGUGAAAAAAUGCAAAGAUUUAAAACUUGACUUUGACGUCACCAUCACAAUGGAAACAAACGGUGUGAGCGAUGACGAGGAGGACCAGCCACCACGCAAGAGUAGGCGCACGAGAUAAUUUUACAGUAUACGGUAUGAUAUGAAUAAUCACUUCGUGUGAAUAAUUGAGCAAAGUUGUGCUAUAUGCAAAACUCAUACUAAUAGGUUCCAUAAUAUUUACGUUGAAUGAUGAUUAAUUGAUUAAUUCCUUCUCAUUCAUUUUUGAAUUUCACAAAUCACACCUACGCAUAAGUUCUUUCGUGUUAAUUUAUUUAUAUUUAGUUUUAUUCUUGUUAGCGUACUCACUGAAUUCAUAUAUUUCAUUUAUGGAAUUUGAAAUUUAAGUCUUGAAAAUCAAAGUAAGUAAUUUAAAUACCAGUGAAUAUGCUAACAAAAUAAAACUUAAUUUAUUUAUGUAAUUGAUAACUUUUGCACCGACGCAAACAGAAGCCGGACUUAUUGCUGCAUGUAGAGACGACCGGUAUUAUUAUAUAUUUUAUAAGUA